AUGUCUGAACACCAUGCCGAUGAUGUUCUGGCCGAGGAGAACCGUGAUGAGUCUGUUGCCUCAAAGCACUCUGGCAGCCAACGCACUAAUAGCUCAUCAAGUUCCCGUAACUCACACCUAUCCGGUCUUAGUGAUAAGGAUGCAGCUAAGAUGCGAACACUCAGAAGAAGAAUUCGUCUUAACGAGCUGGAGUGCCAACUCCAGGAAGAUCAGACCGCUGAUGAGCAACUUCGUAAACUUGAUGAGCAGGCCCGCUCUGCUCGACUUAAAGCUGAAGAAGUGGAGCGACAGGCAUUGCGAGAGCGUGAGGCCCUCAUCUCCAAAUUAUCCCGUCAAUGCAGAGUGCGGAUUGCUCGUCAAGAACUCUUGGAGGCUGAAGCCAUCAGUGCCAUGUUGAAUAAUGAAUCAUCAUCAUCACCAUCACCAUCACAUCCUUUAAUGGGUACAGACGAUCAGUCACCCCCACAGAGUGCAUCCUCAACUCCACAACCAGACAUGGAGCAAACAUCCACAAGUGUUUCAUCCUCUUUUUGUCAUGGUAAUCCAAGUGCUCCACUUGUGACAUCUCACCCAGACAUUCAGCAAGCACCCCCAUGUGUUUCCUCCUCUGUCUGUCAUCCGACUCCAUCUGGUGCUCCAUCCUCGACCUCACCACCGAACAUUCAGCAAACACUACCCUGUGUUUCGACCUCUGCUUGUCAUGGUGCCCCAGUGAGUGCGACCUUCUCCGCAUCAGUGGUAACCAGUGAUGUCACUCCAAGACAAGGCAUUCCCACUCCAGGGACUUGUCCUCCGCACUUGCCAUACCCAAUGGCUUCUGUACCCUCCUUAACGGUGUCAUCAGCACCAACCGUUAUGGAUCUCCUUGUUGCAUCAUCACAUGGGAUCCCCAAACCUACCCUGCCAAAGUUUUCUGAUGGGAAGGAGAAAGAAUUCGCCCUCCUCAAGCUGGCUUUGGUGAACCUCAUUGAUGUGCAUCCCCAUCUUUCCGAACAGUAUCAGUUCCAAAUACUGAUCGACAGACUUGGUGGCCGAGCAUUAAAGCUUGCCAAGUCAUUCCUGUACGCCAGUCAACCGUACACCCAGGCCCUCCAAGCCCUCACUGGCAAGAAUGGACAACCCAGACAACUUGUGCAGAGUGAAAUUGGAGCCAUCAUGUCCACUCCUUCAAUCAAGUAUGGAGAUACAGAUGCAUUUGAUGACUUUUCUCUUGAUGUUCUGUCACUCGUUGGAAUGCUCCAAGCCUUGGAGGGCGCGGAGGGAGUUGAACUUCGAUGUGGAUCACAUGUCGAUCGUCUGCUGGGAAAACUGGCCCCCUCUCACCGAAACAGUUUCAUUGAGCAUUGCCUGAAGAAGGGCAUACUGGAACCGAACUGCAGCAAGACAUACACCUUGCCCCAGUUUGCAGAGUGGCUUCGCACAAAGUCACAGUCCCAGAGCUUCGCUAGUAGAGCUGUAUCAAGUCACAACUCGGCAGGCUCUAAACCAACCCACCAACAAAGCCAGCACCGAGCCCCGAAGAAGGAGGUUUCCACAACUGUGUUCAUGGCCUCACCGAACACAAAGGACAAACCCAAGUUCAAGCCUAAACCAUACUGUCCCUACUGCGACAACAAGGAGCACUUCCUCGGUGGCUGCCCAGAGAUCAAGAAGUUGAGCACCGACCAGAUCAUCCAAUGGAUCAAAGACAAGGGACGUUGUUGGAAAUGUGGGCGAACCCAUAAGCCAGAGGACUGCACAUUGAAAAAACCUUGUCAUACCUGCAAGGAAAUCCACCUCACUGUACUACAUGAUGCCGCCAAGAAGGCAACCAGUCAUGUGUAUAGGCUCCAGACGUCCAACCAAGCAGUCUUCGUGGACAAACCAACUCGCCCCCACAACGUCAUGCUCAAGAUUCUCCCAGUUACCCUCCAUGGUCCAGGGGGAUCCAUCGACACAUAUGCCAUACUGGAUGACGGUUCUGAAAGAACCAUGCUACUCCAGUCAGCAGCUGCUAGACUCAAGCUUCAUGGCAACCCAGAGACUAUGUUGCUCAGGACUGUUCGUGAAGACAUUGUUGAAUGUCAAGGCCAGUCUUGUACCUUCCAGAUGUCAGCUAGAGACAAACCUGAAGUGAUGUACACUGUAACUGGAGCCUUCUCGGCCAGUAACUUGUGCCUAUUCCAGUACACAUAUCCUGUUGAAGAUCUGCAACACCGCUACUCCCAUCUCCGUCACCUUCAGUUGCCCGUAAUCAAUAAUGCUUCUCCACAGGUCCUCAUUGGAUCUGAUCAGGCGGAUCUCAUCGUGGCAAGACAUCCAAUCAAAUCUGGCAAACGUGGAGCUCCAGUUGCCAUCAACACUAAGCUGGGUUGGACCCUCCAGGGACCUGCUGGGAACCAGAAGCAGCUGAAAGAACAGAAGGUUUUCAAAACUUCUCUGUUUCCACAAACUACCGACAUCAUGCAGCACGUGGAGAGGUUGUGGCAGGCUGAUGUGCUACCGUACCUGAAUGACAAGCAAGCUACCCGUUCUAAGCAUGAUCAACAGGCAGUUCAGAUGCUUGAGGCCACAACUCAACGCGUUCAAGUCAACGGGAUAUGGCACUACGCCACUCCGCUCCUGAGGCAAGGGGACGAGAUGAAAUUCCAUGCCCCGAAAGAGGCAGUGCUACCGACUCUGAAGGGGACCGAGAAGAGACUCGACAAAUACCCACAGCUUGCUCAGAAACACAACGAGCUAAUCGCCAAGUUGGUCGAUGCGGGUCACGUGAGGAUCUUGCCAAAGGAUGAAGCAGACAAGUCCGAAGAAUCCUGGUUCAUCCCACACCAUACCGUAUACCACAACGGAAAGUAUCGACUAGUAUUCAACUGCUCCUUCCGGUACAACAACCAGAUCCUUAAUGAGCACCUCCUGCCAGGGCCAACACUUGGUGCAUCACUCAUAGGUGUACUACUCCGCUUCAGACAACACACAGUAGCAAUCUCAGGAGACAUCAAAGCGAUGUUUCAUCAAGUACGCCUCCUACCAGAAGACCGAUGCCUCUUCCGAUUCCUGUGGCGCAACUUACAAGUCGACAAAGAGCCAGACGUCUACGAAUGGCAGGUGCUUCCCUUUGGCUCGACUUGUAGUCCCUGCUGUGCUACCUAUGCUCUGAGAAAGCACGCCUUUGACCAUGAGAAGGACUAUCCAGAAGUUGCAAAGGCAGUCGACAAGUCCUUCUACGUUGACAACUGCUUGCAGAGUCUACCAGUCGAGACAGAUGCCAAAGCCCUUGUCCAGAAGAUGCGAAACCUGCUUUCUGACGGUGGGUCUGAAAUACGACAGUGGGCCAGCAACGUUCCUGCUGUAGUAGAAGAUCUCCCACCAGAUGCCCGUUCUGAUGGCUGUGAGCUGUGGUUAACCUUCGGGGAGACCAAUUCCACUGAAGCCACACUUGGAAUGUUGUGGGAAUGCAGUUCAGAUGCCCUGCUGUACCGCCACAGACCCAUCAGCUAUGACUGCCUCAACAUGAGGAAUAUGUAUAAGAUCCUUGCGAGCCAGUACGACCCUAUAGGGUACCUAACCCCAUUUACAGCCUGA